AUGGCCAAGUUCUCUUCAUCAUCAUCCUCAUCAACCUUCCACUCCACCAUCCAAUCCCCCUCCACCACUCUCAUCAUCAAUCCCACCAAUGCACCGACCUCUCAUAGUCAUAGGCAUUCCGAUGAGAAGAACCUCGGUGAUAUCUCCAUGCAGUUUGGCAAAGCCCGGUGCUGCGACGUGUUCAUUGGGUCAAGCUUGAUUGUUCCUUGGGAGAUGCAUUUCGUGAAGUGGCUUCGAGCGGAGCUUAAAAUGCAAGGCUUCUCUUGCUCCUUGUCCGACCGAAGCAGGCUUCGGGAUGCACGCUCGUUGGCUGUUGCACGAGCCACCAUGGACGCCACAGCAGUAGGGAUGGUCGUUGUGACGACCAGGGCGUUCUCCAACCCAUACAGUGUUGAGGAGUUGCAGGUGUUUUUGGACAGUGGGAAGUUAAUACCCAUCUUCCUUGGAUUGACACAAAGUGAGUGCUUGCCGAGGGAUAUCAUGGAGAGAAGGGGUAAUCUUUGGGAGAAACAUGGUGGUCCUUGUUGGACCUCUUAUGGAGGGAUUGAGAAGGAGUGGAUGGAAGUUAUCAAUGGCCUUUCUCGUGUUGAUGUCAAGCUUGAGGUGAAAGAAGAUAACAUGAGGAGUUGUAUCUUAGUGGCUGUUAGAAUCCUUGGGACAAUAUUAGGAAGGAAAAGUACUGUGGAGAGGGUGAGAAGGUGGGUGGAGUUUGCUGAAGAGGAAUUUCCUUUCCCAAGAAACACUAGUUUUGUUGGAAGGGAGAAAGAAUUGCUUGAACUUGAGUCAUUGUUAUUUGGAGAUGGGAGAGGAAAAGGAGAGGAUGAAAUUAUGAAGACUAGCAGUGAUCAGAAUCCAAGUCUGAGUCGUCUGACUGAAGAAAGAGUAGUAGGUGAGAUAUCUGAGGUUGUACCAAGGAAGGGCAAGGAGCCUGCUGUAUGGCAGGAUUUUGAUGGUGAUGAUGAUGAUGAUGAUAAUGAUAAGAUUGAACUGCAGUUUAGGAAUGGCAUUGCUUUAGUUACCGGUGACUCUGGCAUAGGAAAGACUGAGCUUUUGCUUGAGUUUGCUUACAGGUUUUCCCAAAGAUAUAAGAUGGUUCUUUGGGUCGGGGGUGAAGCAAGAUACAUUCGUCGAAAUUAUAUGAAGUUGCUUCCAUUGCUUGGUGUAGAUAUUGAUGUGGUUACUGAGAAUGAAUUAUCCUUGGGCAAACAAGGAGGGGGGACAAAAAUAUUUACAGAUAUGGAGGGAGAAGCUAUCAGGAAAGUGCGCAGAGAGCUGAUGAGAGACAUUCCUUUCUUGCUGGUUAUUGACAAUUUGGAAAAAGAAGAGGAUUGGUGGGAUGGCAGGAAUGUGAUGGAGCUGUUACCUCGGCUUGGUGGAGAGACUCAUGUUCUCAUCUCCACUCGCUUGCCUCAUGCAUUGAAUAUUCGGCCUCAGAAGUUGUUGCACUUAUCUAGUAGCGAUGCAAUGUUAUUGAUGAGAGGUAGUUUGGUUGAUCUCCCGGUUGAAGAUAUCAAUGCCCUGAGGGCUAUCGAAGAGAAACUUGGAAGGCUACCUCUGGCUUUGGGACUUGUGGGAGCUGUUCUUGCUGAGCUGCAAAUCAGUCCUUGUAAACUUUUAGACAAAAUCAAUGGAAUGCCUUACAGACAGCUGCCGCGGAGCAGUAACAAAGAAGACCUUAUGUUGAGGCGCAACCCGUUCAUUGUCAGAUUGUUGGAUUUCUGUUUCUCCAUUUUUUAUCAAACAGAGAAGCCCAAGAAGUUGCCCUUGAGGAUGAUACAGUCAAGCAGUUGGUUUGCUCCCGCGCCAUUCCCAGUUUCUAUGUUAGCACUAGCUGGGAAGGAUAUUUCAGAAGGGAGUCUAGGCAGCCUUUUGUGGAAAAUAUGUCGACGUAGAUUCACUUGCAUGUGCAUGAGGCAGCUUAAUAAUGUCAAGAGUUCAGAAGAUCAUGAGUUGGCUGAUAUUAUGGUGAGGCUUCGCAUUGCUCGUAGUUGUACAAAAAUAGGAUGCAUUUAUGUGCAUGACAUUAUUAAGCUCUAUGCACGUAAUACCGACAAUGCUAAUAAUGCUCAUGCUGUGGUUCAAGCAAUUAGCACAGAAGGGUCUAUCCAAGAGCACUCUGAUCAUGCAUGGGCAGCAUGCUUUCUGGUGUUCAAAUUCGGCAAUACUCCUUCAGUUGUUGAUCUUUCCGUCCAAGGCAUGGUUUCCUUCAUUAAGCGAAUUGUUCUACCGCUAGCCAUGCAGGAUCUCAGAGCUUUUUCUCAAUUCACUUGUGUUUUAGAGCUCUUGCGGGUUGCCACAGAGGCCUUAGAAACCAUGGAAGACUUGUUUCUAUCCAAUGAUGAUAGUUCUUCCAACAAAUCACCUGUACAAUUUGAUCCCCAUUUGUACAAUGAGUUUGCACAUCUAAGAGCCACUCUUCUAGAAUCAAGGGCAAAACUCAUGAUACGAGGUGGAUUAUAUGAUAUCGCAGAGCAAUUAUGCAGGACAACAUUGAAUAUUAAAGAGGUUAUGUGCGGAUGGGAACAUCCUGAGACACAAGCUACUCGUCAGAUGAUGGAAAAAUUAAUAAGACUUCAGUCAAACUUUUGA